UUUAAUGAAUCAAGUUGGUGGGAAAGUCGGGGAGAGUUUAAUUUUGGGUGUUCGGAUUAGGGGUGGGGGGCGUAAAUAAUGUGAAAAUAUUGCAUCGUUUGACAAUCGUCAAAUUUUCGUUAUUUUUCCACAACAAAACCGCCUGCGAAAAUGGACAGAAGAAAGGACAAAUACUCCGUCGACAAGGAAACUGGAGAAAUUUUAUACCCGGCACUGUACAAUUCAGAGACGGGGGAAUAUGAGGGAGACGUCGUUGUGCCCCAAAAGAUAAGAUUUCGAAUACCGUUCCAAGAGACAGGAGGAGAGGAGCCCGACAAGAAGCCCUAUAACGCUCCAAAAUCGCAUCCCCAAGACCGAGAAUUUAUAAAAGCCGCAGUAUUCCUGCUACCCGCAGCAAUUCUGCUGUAUCCGGUCGUGUUCGUGGGUACCAUGCUGUUGGAGACGAUUUUACACUGCUGGGUGCACAAGAUAAACAAAACCCUUAAAAGUGAUGGGGUGUAUUACCAAAGCCCACUGCAUGGCAUCACAAAGGAAUUCUGCAGUAGGUGCAGGGAAUUUGACGCUGUUGAACAAAUCGGCAAACUCCAAGAUGUGCGUAGCAGCAAGUUGACGAAGUACGGUUUGGAAUCCAUUAGGAGGGUUGUUACAUAAUGUGAGCCUUCCUCAUGAUUUUAGGGACUGUACAUAUUUAUAUUUAUUCAGAAAUGUAAGGUUUAUUUAAAUUUUCCACCUUGUCGGCAAAGAUAAGGUUGAUAAAUUUAUCAUUACCAUUUUUUUUUACUUGUUGUUGCGUAAGAACGGUUGUGGUUAGAUUAGAGAACAUGGCGUACUGUAUAUUUUAAGAAAAUAUAUAAUGUUUUGAAAAUAA